CAACUAUAUAUCAACUUUUAGGUGGCGGAAAUAAAAGUGUGUGGAGUUUCUGGGCGUCCAAUCAUCUGCAGACUAUUCCUCUUAUAUGGGGGUAUUAUUACCAUUUAUUCAAUGAGUUGAGGUCAUCAGCUCUGAGGUUGGUUCUACGAGAAAUAAUGUCUCAAAACCGACAUAGUUCGCCCUUGACUUUUAUGUACUUCUGUGUUCUCUUAUCAUAUAAGUGGUUUCAACCUGAUGAGAAGAAAAAUCCAUUAUCAUUCCUUAUGAUUACAUUCCUUCUCAGUCCAACGUAUGGUACGAAGAAAUGCAGCCUGAUUUGUUGUCUCUCAUAUGAUGAAUUAGUCACUCUAAUUAUUGACAACGCGGCCUUUAUUUUGGACUCCUCCGAAUAUGACUGUCAUUUUGAGUCAGAGGGUGGCUGUUUGAACGCAAUUAUGAAAUUUGGACUUCAAAAGAAAAGCAAGUAGAGAAGGGAAAGUAAUACCGGUGAUUCCGGAAGGGGUUCUACCAAAGGAUUUCUUCAACUUCGACCUCGAAUGAACUCACAAAGCACUACAUCACGAAACAACGAAUUUCGUGAACAAAUCUUUGAUUACUCAAAAUAUCUAUCAGCAGAAGAUGAAAACUCCAGUUGGAAGCGUUCAACUAGUGAUGCAAGCUUUUUUCUCGGUGGAAAAUUACCAACUGACGAAAGUGACACAUCGGGAAAUGUUUCAGAGCAUUCAAGAGUUUAUUGGGAUUUACCAGAAGCUGUGGAAGCCUCAACUCCUGGCUGCGGAACAGACAGGUCACUUCGCAAUUAUGAAGUGCGAAAGUCAGAAAAACUCUCAGUUGGUUCGGCCACAUCAAGAGUUCAAGUGCAUCGAGUGCAUUUUCAAGAGCAUAAUAUAUCACCAGGACUUUCUGUAGUACGUAAAGAUGGUACAAAUCGUUCACAGUCUACACCAAUUUCUCCCUUUCAAAAUAUUGAAAACUCACAUUUACUACAACAGUAUCAAGAGAAACAACAACAACAAAAAGACUAUAACAUUGAUUCAACUCAUCAUGUUUCUGUUGAGCAUCAUCAUCGCCGUCAUCAUUCAACAUCUGGUAAAAAUCAGUCAAUAUCAUCAUCAACUUCUAAAUUCAUUAUGAAAUCAACUGAUCAUCAAUCUGAUCUUAUUAAUCAUGAUACAUUAAUUCUUGGUAAUAAAGCUGUAAAAAAAGAGUGUAUCAAGGAAUUAACAUCAUCAUCGUCUUCAUCAAGUAUUCUAAGUAAUAUGUAUGAUGCAUGCAUGAAUAAUAAUAAUAAUUUCAAUGAGAAUGAUGGUAAUACUCAUGAAAAUAGUAAUUUUCACGUAAUUGAACAAAAAAUGAUAUCAGAAAUGGAGAAAUUACGAUUGAUAUCAUUAUCACCGUCAUUAUUGUCAACAACACAGUUAUUUGAUAAUUUAGAUGAUACAAUAACAACACCAAUGGAAGAAGAUGCUACACUGUCUAACCAAGGAGUAGUUAAGGAUGAAAUUAAAAAGCUGCUAGAUAUGAACCGAUUGAAGGAAGAGUAUAAGACUAUUGCAAAUUGUGAAUAUUUGUUAACUAAAGCGCGUCAAGCAUGUGAGAAUCCAUCUGAUCUGAGUAUUUUAACUACUGAUCUCAUAAAACAUGAUGGUCUUCUGGAAACUCUUGCAUCAAGAUUAAUCAAACGAAUUCCAUCUACUACAGAAGUACACAUCAUUGAUUCAUCUCAAGAUACGCAUGCAUCAUCGUCACUCAAUGAUAAUCUGGAUACAAGUGAACAAUUAACAGAAUCUGAAGACAGUUCGAAUGGGAAAUCUUUGAAAUUAUUUUCUGGUAAAACAGAUCUGGAUCCUUUAAAGUUAAAUCAGUAUAACGAGGCUAACAAACGCGUCGUUAUUGGUUCAGCCCGACUGUUAAGCCAGAUCCUGUCAGAAAAUUAUUUACUUAGUGUAUUAGAUGAAAAAUUAACAUCUCAAAAAUACCCCUCUGAUAUUCCACAUAAAAAUGUAUUUGACCGCAUAGACAAAACUGUUAUUAACAGACAAGAAUGCAUACCGUAUAGAAGAACCUCACCAUCCUAUGACAAUGACUAUGAAAAGUCAGCUAGUACAACACCUACUAAUACAACUACAACAGCAACAACAAAUAUAUCACCACCUCCAUCAUCGAAAUUAUCACUAUCAAAUACAAUUCCACCAUAUGAUGAUGAUCAGUUGCAAUCCUGUGGACAUGUGACUGAGCUGCUAAAGAAUGUUAUUGGCAAAUGUUGGGAAUAUCGUGAAGACGUAGAUAUUUACCGCGAAUAUCUGGGAAUUUUAGAACCUCUAUUGAAGCAUACUGAAACAAUGUGUAACACUGUGGUCGAACAUGGUGGUCUACGUAGCUUAGUGUAUGCAUGUCGUUCAAAUGAUCUACCAUCUUUACGUCAUACAGCUGUUUGCUUAAUGAAUUUAGCAUUGUUCGGUGGAAGUGGAAGUCAUAGUGAAAUGAUGCGUCAACAUGCAAUUGAAUGGUUAUUUUGUUUAGCCUUUCAUCAGGAUGAAGUAAUUAAAUAUUUUGCUUGUUUAACUAGUGCUGUAUUGUCUACAAAUCCUGAAUUAACCGCGGCUGUAAAUGCCUCUGGUACACUCAAUCUUGUGGUCCCCUUCGUACGCUCACAUUCACCGGUUGAAUUUGCUCGUAAAUAUUUAUUUGCUGCUUUCAAGUGUUCUUGUAAUGACAGUCAACCCAAUACUCCUGAAGCGCAUACACCUACAUCAUGCAAUAAACCGGAUACUUUAAAAUUUUGUUGUGAACAUCAGUAUACAGGUGGAUCAACUGAUUGGUUAAAUCGUCUAGCUCCAGUUAUGUUCAGUAAACAAUUUGAACCCCGUGUUUUAGUCACCUUUCAUUUUGCUGUUGAGGCUACAUUGAAAUCCGACUUGAAGUGCAGUGAGGUUCUUUAUGAAGCAAAUAUUAUAGAAAAGUUACGCAGUGUUGUGUGCAGUUCUACCUUUAUGGAAUCAAAAUUUGCUGCAAUGGCCCUGCAUAUUCUCGGUGAAGAUAUUCCCUGUAUGCUUCCAGCUCAAGUACCACUUUGGGACUAUGAUGAAGUUGAAUGCUGGUUGUCUCGGAGGGGAUUUGAAGAGUUAGCCAACAAGUUUUCUGGCCUACGUGUUGAUGGUGAUUUAUUACUAAGAUUAGAUGAAUCUAUAUUGGAGAAAGAUUUAGGCGUUAAAAAUGGAAUUACACGAUCUCGAUUACUACGUGAAUUGUGUUCAUUAAAAAUAAAUGCAGACUAUUCAGCUGUUGAUCCAACAGGAAUUUGUGCUUGGUUACGUGAUGCUACUCGUAUCAGUGCGCUGAAUGGUACAGCUACACCGAGAAAUUCAGCUACAUCUGAUUAUAAUUUAAAUGACAAUAACUUUCAAAACAAGCUUUCCUGUAUCAGUACAUCGAAUACUUCUGCACAAUAUUCCUAUACACAUGAUUUAUCCUGUUUAAAUCAAUCCUUUGAUCUUCUUCAAUAUGCAUAUAAUUUAAUUGCUGCCGGUGUACAUCGUCCUUUUCUUCCAUAUUUGUCAGAUAAAAUGCUUUUAGAAGAUUGUCAUAUAAAAAAUGGGAUACAUCGUAAACGUAUCCUAGAUGCAAUACAGUCUUUCAUAUCAAUGCACAAUCAGUCACGUCUUACAGAUCAUGAUUCUAAGCUAAGUAACCUUACACAUCCAAACAAAUAUAUCGAUGUAUUCAUUUCUUAUCGUCGUUCUAAUGGUUCUCAAUUAGCAAGUCUCUUAAAAGUUCAUUUCCAAUUGCGUGGUUAUCGAGUAUUUUUAGAUAUUGACCGGCUUACUGCUGGUAAAUUUCAUGAAUCACUGCUUAACUCUAUUCGAUCAUCAUAUAAUUUUAUUCUUGUUUUAACACCAAGAGCAUUAGAUCGAUGCUUAGAUGAUACUCAUUGUACGGAUUGGAUACAUAAAGAAGUUGUUUGUGCAUUGAAAAGUGAAUGUAAUAUCAUACCAAUUACGGAUAAUUUUAUUUGGCCUUCUGCUGAAACCUUGCCUGAAGACUUACGACCUAUAACAACUUACAAUGCUGUCAACUGGAUUCAUGACUAUCAAGAUGCAUGUAUUGACAAAGUGGAAAAAUUUAUGAUUAAAGCUAAUGUUUUAACUCCAUUGCCUUCCAGUCAGAUGAAACCAUUUGAAAAAUAAGCUUUAAAAGAAAGAUAUUUUAUAUUAUUAUUAGGUGUCUUUCUGCUUUUUUUCUCUCUCUCAGAAAAGAAUGCCCCCCCAGAAAGAAAUCUUCCCUUGAUUGUCAGUCUAUUUUGGACAUGUUCUGGCAUUUCCUUCCCCCCUUUUUGGCUUGUUUAUAUUUAUACAUAAUACAUUAAUGUAUACAUACAAGGGGGAAAUAUCAGACAAAAAUGUGCUUAUAUUGUCAUACAUAAUGUGCACUAUUAUUAUUAUUACUAUUAUUCCCAAUUUCGACUACUAUUCAUUCAGUCACUUGCAUUUAUUGUUCUACUUUUUAUUAUUUUUUUUCAAUUGACUUAUAAAGUUAUAAUCCGUGUAAUUCAUUAUUUCUAUUAUUAUAAUAAUAAUAAUUAUUUGUAUUCGUUCUAAUAUCCCAAUUAUUACUACUAUUAUUAUUAUUAUUACACCAGAUCUCGUGAUUAUGUUUAUG